CACUCGAGAUCUCCCAUCACUACCGAGUAGUAUUUCUGUCUGGCAGUUAUUGCAGAGCGGACGCGUAUUCAGCAGCGACUUCAAGUGUUCAGCAGUCUAGGCUCUAGGCAUUGACUUGUGUGAUUAUCUUCAAUUAUUAUUUUAACGACAGUUGUUUUAUAUCUUCCAGUGCAACCUCAGCUUGUGAAAAUGUAUACCCAAAACUUAGAAGAAGAAGCAAAACUUGAUGCUAUGCAACGUCAUUGGCAAAUCAGGCGUGGAACAAUAUCAUCUACAUCUUUCUUUGAAGAAGUAAAUGAAACUGAGGAUCUUUUGGUGCCAUUCCAAAAUGCUCGUACUUCGUCCCAAAGGGGAUCCUGUGUUGCUCCUCCUCAAACCCCAACAUGCGAAGGAGAAAGUGAAGUCGAAUACAGGGAUCUCCAAGAGCCUCUUUUGCCAUCAAAACCAAUAUCAGUACCAGCUCCUGAAAAAGGACCCGUAAAGUUAGACGCUUCUUCCCUUGGGGAUCUACCGGCACAAUACACCAUUUGUGCCCUCGAACCCCAUCAACUCCCCGUCGUUGGUGUGUACAUUGACAAAAGAGUCACUCCUGGUUUUAAAUACCGCGUUAGACCUCUACCUGAAGUGGGCAAACCUUCAACAGCAAACAAAUGCCUAUUUGAUAAUAGAGCCCUGACACUUCAGAGCAUUGGAAGGGGCUACGCCAGGAGAUUCACUUUCGAAGCUGACAAGAACAAGUUAAAUGACAACAAACACUACUUCUGGAGCGACAACAGGCCAGAGGGGUACGCCUUUGAACUGGAGUUGAUUUCCGAAGGAGACAAGUUCACCUUCUUCGAUACCAACAAGGAGGCCCAGGGGACCGUAGAAGUCAUCAGUUUAGAGGGACCACAAUUAGAAAUUAAAAGUAGUCAAACGAAAGACGGCAUUGAAAAAAGAGCCAGUGUUAAAUUUACAGGUAAAGUUGAGUAUUAUGAAACCGGCGUCGCUAAACUGAUGCCGUUAAGUGGUACAGCCGUGUCGGUCAAAGCCAAAGGGAAACGUAAUGCUGAGGUUACAAAGGUUAAUAAUGUUAAUAUCAAUAGGCACAGAUUCUAUUUGCUACCAGGAAUGCAGAAGAUCCACAGGAGAGUCACUGUGAGGGGUGAGGAAAUUAACGAUGUGCCCACCAAGUAUACCAUGACUGGUUUGGAGCCGUAUGAAAUACCCGUUGUUGGAACGUACGUUGACCCAAGAGUUAUUCCCGGAUUUUACUACAAAGUCAGACCAAACGAUAGGAAGGAACACCUCUUUGGUGGAAGGGCAUUGAAGCUUCUUAGCAUUGGAAUGGGCUACGCAAAGAGGUUAACUUUCCAACCAGAUUCUUUAGUUUCACCAGACAAUUACCUUUGGUCUGACAAUCAUCCCGAUGGUUUAGGAUUGGAACCAAGAGCUGUUCAUAAAGGGAUGAAAUUCAUUAUUAAAGCCGGGGAACAAGUUCUUGGAGAAGCUCAGGUGUUUAGAAAUGAUCGUCCUCAAAUUGAAGAAAGAACAGAAAAGAUUAAGACUCCUUCUGGUUACGCAGUUCAGAAGUAUAUACAUAUCGAUGUAAUCUGCCACAUUCGUCUUGCGAGGACAGGUGGUGCUUCGACAGAAAAUGAUGAAUCUCUAAUGAGGGUGUCCGGUUUGGCAGUGGUCAGGAAGGAACCCAGAGCUUCCGAGGCACACGUCAUAAGAGUUGAAAACGUCGGUUUAGACUCGCAACUGCUCAUCCUAUUCACUCAGACUCAAACCGAACUGACCUUCGUUCCAAAGGAAUAUUAAACUACUAGAGUUCUAGUUUUAUGCAUCGCAUAAGUUCAGAAUAAAAGUAAUUAAGGGCUAUUGAUCUGUUUUGACAUGAUUGUAAUUUUUAAUCAGUUUCAUUCUAAACAAAUUAGCUCAUAAAACAUUAUUCCUAGUACUGUUUUACUCACGAAAAGACUUGAUUUAUUUAUAGAGAUUAUGUUCCAAUUUUUAUGACAUUGUUUUGAAAGUAAUAGAGUGAUCUGUAUAAAAAUACUUAAAUUAUUCUAUUAUUAAUUAUACAGACACAGCAAUGUGAUUUAUUUUUAGUACUGUAUUUUUUUG